CGCCAGGCCCAUAUAAAUAAAGUCGUAGAGCAAUAAAUAAUACACAGAGGAGAGAUGAUGUCGACGACGGCGAGUCACGGAAGAGUGAUGAUGCUUCCGUCACCAUCCAGAGCGUUGCAGAAUCAGCAACCAUUGAUUGGAUCGGAUAUGUUCCGCUUAAAACAAACGGAACCGAGGGGGUCGAGGCUGGUGGUUGCGGCGACGGCGAAGUAUAAGGGGACGAAGAUGAGGGAGGAGAAGCUAUCGGAGAUGAUAGUUGAGAAAGUGAAGGAAGCGACGGAGGUUUGCGAGGCGGACGUGAGAUCGGAGGAGUGUAAAGUCGCGUGGGACGAAGUGGAAGAGGUGAGCCAAGCCAGAGCAGAUCUGAGGAUCAAGCUCAGGCUCCUGAACCAGGAUCCGCUCGAGAGUUUCUGCCAAGAGAAUCCUGAGACCGACGAGUGUCGUAUCUACGAAGAUUGAGUAAUGAGUGUGUCUGUGUAUGUUCUGUCUUUUCGUAGAAUUUUAGAUAUAUUAUCUCGAUGUGAUUAUUUGGGACUAUAUGCUAACAAUAAGAGAGUGUCGCAUUUGUUAUACGGUUGGACAUGAAACAGAGUUAUUCUAAUUAAGUUAGAUU